AUGUCGAAACCGGAUACCAAUAGCCCCAGCAAUAAACCACAAUCAUCACCCUUACUCGUAUCUACGCCUCCCGCCGUAUCCAAGGCAUUGAUUAAAUCAUAUCCUUAUUUACUUAUCAUAAAUAAAAUCUUGUCAAUUGCCACCUGGACAAACGACGACUAUUGGGUCAAUAUCGUUAUUCUUUGUUUGUUUGCCCUUGUUGUGUUAUAUUUUGAAAGUUUGGUGGUUUGGAUAGGACAUCUUAUCGUAGUGGGGAUAAUCACCUUGUAUGCAUUGUUGAACAAUCAAAUUAUUGAAGAAACAAACAUGCAUCCUACUUUGGAUGAAGUUGUCCAGGCAUUGACUGCCACCUGUAUCAAGGCAGACAUGUUGUUGAAUCCAAUCACGUCGUUAUCGUUGACUGCAUAUGAUAUAAAGAGAUUGUUAUUCACGACAUUUUUCCUCACUCCACUAUACCUCAUCAUCACAUUUUUGAUAAUCAAACCACGGAUAAUUCUUCUAGUCACGGGGUUAUACCUUUUAUCCUACCACUCCUCAUACUCCCGUGUCACCAGACGAAUCAUUUGGAAAGUCAAGUUGGCUCGAUUGAUAGUGUAUUACCUCACGGGUUUGGAUUUCCUGAGGGCCAAGAAUCACUCAUUGUUUGCCGCUGCAUUCGCCAAAGUGCAAAAGAAUGCUGGGUUCGACACUAAAGGUGCAGGAAACAAGCCGGUCCGAUUCACUUAUGUGAUUUACGAAAAUCAACGAAGAUGGUUGGGGAUUGGCUGGACGUCAAAUUUGUUAUCAUACGAACGAACGGCAUGGACUGACGAAUUCCUUAAUGAAAGCUCAUCGAUCGAUACGUUUCAAUUGCCCAAUGCUUCUGAGGAUAAGAACUUCAACAACCCGUAUGAGGAUUCAAGCAAGAUCAAUUCGGCCACUUGGAGGUGGGUGGAUAAGACCUGGCGGUUGGAUUUGACCAACGAUGGUGCCAUCACCUUACCUAAUGCGAAAAGAUCCAAGACAACGGCUAAUCCAGGAUCUGACGAGGGGUUUAUUUAUUACGAUAACACUUGGAAGAAACCUUCUACCGAUGAUACAUUUUCCAAAUACACCAGAAGAAGAAGAUGGAUCAGAACAGCCGAGUUGGUUUUUGAUGAUUCGACUGCUAUUGAGCCUAAGAUUAGUAAUGAGAGUGUUGUUACCACCACUGGUGCCUCGAUUGCCGAUUCUACCGCAUCUACUAAAAAGACAAAGACUUUGAGGUUUGCAGUUGAAGAAGAAGUUGAGGAACAACCAGAAGAAGAAGAGGUUGAAAAUAAUGAAGAUGUCGAUAUUGCUAAGAAAAUUGACUGA